AUGGCGGCUCCUAGAUCGCGGAUAUUGGAUCUGUUAAAGGUCCAAUGCCGCAUUUUCUCCCAUACAUUUAAUCCCGAAAACCUUCGUCUUGGAAAUAAGAUCCUACGCCAAAGACUACGCGGAGCCGCUCUUGCUUCGUAUUACCCAAGAAAGACCGUGACGUUCGAAGAUCUUGAAAGGGCCUAUCGACCCAUGGGCCUCAUUACUUUUGAUCCAUUGAGGUCACAUCACGAGGAAAUGAACCAAAUGCUUGACUACAGACGGAAGCUCCGUGGAAAGGGGGCGCCAAAGAAGAAACGCACAGCAGCAGGUACGAACAAUCCUUACCCCCUAGGAGUAUUUUGCAUUAUUCUACACCUAUACGCAUACUCCCGUGAUCAGGAACCUUUGCCCUUGUAA